AAAUGUAAAUAAAACUUUUCAAAAAAAAUCCGGGACGCUUCUCUACAUUAUCAAGAAAAACUGCGAACAGAUUUAAAAAAUACAGUGCAACUUCUCCCUAACAAUGGAUAUUCUGCAUCCUCAUCUGAUGAGCAAAAAGCAAUUGCUGGAGUUAUUUCAACAGCGUCAAUUUAGUAUUCCUCGACUGGAAGAACUCUCUCGCGAUGAGCUGAUCAAUCUUUACUGCAAACAUCUCCUCCCGAUGCCUCAACGAGCUGGUGGUUCUAAAAGCAGUACCUCCGCUGAAGCCGCCAGCAGAUACCCCAACGAUGUAGAAAUGGUAGAUGCUACUGCGACACCAAGAGCUAACCUGAAAAAUGUACGACAGCGUAUCGUAUAUUCCGAAUCGAACCCGGUGGAAAACGUAAGUCACGGAUUCAAACGAAUUCGACUUAUCAACAGCGGGGAUUGUGCUCGAAAAGAGGCUGAACGAUCACCAGCACCUGAAACCAAGAAUGUGUCGAGUUCAAUCAGCAGCAUUAGCAAACGAACCAUAGAGAUAAGUCCUAGUAAAACAGGUGUUGCUGUUAACGCUGCCCCGAGCAAGCGUCAAAAGAUAACUUGGCCCUAAGGACUGAAUUUUCAUCAUAACUGAGAUUAACGAAGCUGGUAUUAAUUAUAUUAAGGUAAAAUUUAGCGACGGCUUUCUCUUGAUCCGUGUUUUGAAGACAUCCGUUCCGCAAGUUAAAAAAUAAGAAAUAAUUCACAUUUGUUGUAUAUUCAAUAGUUCACGUUAUAUAUGCUCUUAGCCUGAAGUGCGAAUAGAUAGGUUGCGAUGAUCCCGCACGAGAACACAGCUCCAGAAGUGAUGAGGAAGCGGUUUACUUCACUGGCUUCAUGUGCCACAGUCCGUCGUUUAGAUAAUGGCAGUUCUCCACACCAACGCCCUUGUUGACUUUCAAUCUGGAAAAUCAAGACAUAUUACCAUUAGAAACAGUUUAAUACGACUCAGUUCAAAACAACUCACAUAUCAUCGGUGGAUAGCGUUGUCUGACCGAUGGCCAGCGCAUGGGUUUUGCCCUCGGCCAUGAUUGCCACGACCGUGCCCUUGUCGACCGGAGUCAUGCAGGCACCCGGGGACGUCAGCCCGGGACACAUGAUGUUGGCUCCGCUCAGCACAAACCGGAUGGCACCCUUAUCUACCUGUUCCAUCGGCAGGAAAAACGGAUAUCGGUGGAACAGCCUCAACGUCGGCAUCCAGCAGCCCUCCCGGUGCCGGAAAAACAACUGAUCCCCGGCACUGUUAACCAGUAUUUCGAUGUGAUCAUGGCUGGAAAAGGUUAAGUUUGAUGGUUCAUUCAAAUAUGACGUUGUAGAGCUUCUAGUCAAUAUUAGAGUUCGCUCUAUAAAGUUUUUUUUUCGUUACGUUGGUACACUUUUUAUAUAGAAAUCUCCCGA